CGUCUCGCAGGAGAGCGGAGAGCAGCGGGCGAGCGGACAGUCAGUAGUGCCGCGCGGCGUCGCGCUCCACCGCCGCCCAGCGCCGCUUGCGCCUCCGACACACGCCGCCCGCCUUUUACUAUGCAACUCGCGUGCCGCGCUCACUCGUGUUGUGGUGCUUUAUGAUGGUACGGUAUGAGAGUGCAAGAUAUGCGGACGUUCCGUGAGCGACGAGCUGUCGAACUCGCCACCGCCACCGCCACAAGUGGGCGGAGAGACGGGACGCGUCCUCGACUACUCAGAUAGAAAGGACCCGUUGCUCGUAUUUGAGGUGGGUUCCAGGGUGUGGGGAUGGAGUUGGUAAUAUUGAAAGCGAGAGCCCAACUAAAUCGUCUCUUGUCAUCCUCGUCGAGUGAGCGGCGAGCGGGGCGCGCAAAGACCGAGGCGCGCGCAGAGGGCGGCGGCGGGGGCGCGCGGGCGGCGGGGCGCGAGCGCAGCAUGGCGCCCGCUGCGCCCGCGCCGGCGUCCGCCGCGCCCUGGCUGAACGCCACGCUAGCGUACAACGUCUCGCGGCUCAACGUCACCUUUGAUAAUGAUUACGAGCUGCUCAAUGCGAGCUCCACCGAAGAACACAACAAUCACUGGUUCUGUGCCAAGUGGACCAGUGCACAACAGGACCUUUUUCAGGCGGCAAACCUGUGCUUCGCAAUUGCAUUCUUAGCGCCGAAGAGUUUCAAACAGAGUAUCUUGGUGUUGCGAGCACUGGCGGCGGCGGGCGCUGUGCUGAUGGGCAUGUGGGCUGGCGCCGAGGUGUGCACGCCCGACGUACUAGCAUGGAGCCUUGCGCUCGUUCUCGUCAAUUCUGUACAUACUAUAUUCUUAAUAAUAAGGUUCCUCCCGCCGGCGCUAUCGCUGGAAUUGACUGAACUGUACCUGAAGCUGUUCAAGCCUUUGAAAGUGAAUAAAAAGCACUUCCAAGAGCUAACGAGAGAAGCGCGCAUCGUUCGACUUGAUCCAGGGGAAGCUUACGCAGUGGAGGAAGUCACGCCCGCUGAUGAGAGAUUAUCCAUACUCCUAAAGGGAAAGAUGCGAGUAAGCUGUGACGAGACCCACUUGCACUAUAUCCAGCCUUACCAAUUCGUAGAUUCUCCAGAAUGGGAAGCUAACCGAGAACAGUCUGACGAUGUCUUCCAGGUGACAGUGAUCGCAGAGGAGGUGUGCACGUGCGUGUGCUGGCCGCGCAUGCGCCUCGAGCGCGUCCUGCGUCACCGCCCUGCCCUUAAGGUCGUGCUAGACUGUCUCAUAGGUAAAGAUAUAACACACAAGCUAUAUUCUGUGAGUGAAGGCUUAAGCGCGGGAGGAGCAAACGAAAGGGAAGGUGCGCCGGCGCACCUCACGCGUUCGGCAAGUGUUGACGCCGUGCAUGAGGGUGCCCGAGGUCGUCUUCGCAGUCUUGCUUGGCGCGCGAGAACCACCGCACCGAAAGGAAAUUCAUACUGGCAACCUAUAGUGGCUCGACAGUUUCUGCGGCAGUCACCAUUCGGGCGCAACGCUCCUCAGCCGCCACGGCUGCUAGCACAGGCUUCGUCGGCCAGUUUGCAACCGCCGGUUCGCCGUCGCAGCCCGCCGCGACGCACGGCAUCCUUCCGACGAGGCCGAGAAGUGAAAUUCGCGGAGGUGGCUACGGCAGCAGCGGAGCCCACCGUGUGACGCGGGCCGCGGCUCCAGCCCGAGCUGGUGCCGCUUGUCGCGCCACGUCCCGCAAUGUCCACCUCGCCUACCACAAGUCCCUGAUCACAGGACGAGCGAACGAUUAUGCCACACACAACAGACUUCUAGGUUGAAAUUUGACUACAAAACGUAAUUUUACUCUAUUUAUUAGAAUCUUUUCUUCUCUGAACUUGUUGAUAGGAAGAGCUGAGGGAAAAGAUUUUAAUAUAUUGAACUUAUUUAAAUCAUCUAUAAAAGAGCUUCCUGUUAUAAAUGGUAAUAAAAGCACUAUUGUUGUAAUUCAUAAUUAUAUAAAGUCUCAUCGUUCGCUCGAAGUGGAGACAUUACAGACUGAAAUAGUUAUUGUGAUCGUUGGCAGCAUUUGACAAUGGUGUGAAUUUCCUAGUGAUAAGAAAUGGGAUUUGUUAAUUUUUAUGAGUGAUAGUGUUAAUCACGAACUGUAAUAAUUGUGUGAGGACUUAGACUAGCCUAUAUAGCAUAAAAUGUACCUACAUGUACAAUAAGUUACGUUGCAAUAUUACGCUCAAGCACCUCGGAUAACACUACAGUAGGGAUACCAAAGUGCUAAUUUUUAUAACUUAAAAAAACCGUACUGAGAAACAUUACUUUGAAAUGCUGAUGAAUGUGGAUUUGAAUUUAUUGUUUUUAGCAAGUGAUACAUUUAAAUGUGGGAUUCUAAAAGUAUUUUAAUAUUACGAUAAUUGUUUAUUAGUAUUAAGAUAUGUUAAAUUCGUUAUAAAAGUAUUUAAAGUUACCGUGAAGAUUUAUAUUCAAUUAUAUUCAACAAAGAUAUAGGUACCUAUUUUCGUGCUCCUUGUUCUAUUAUGACAAAGUUAAAGACCAUGUUGUUUAUCUUGGACUAUUCAAACUUCCAAACUGUUGGUAGACAUUUGUUACGCUUAAUAAACAUGUAUUAUACACAAUGUAUGAGCACCAAACCAAAUUCGACGUUGUGUAAAAUCACGGAACAACAUAAUAUUUCGUGUCUAGUUAUCCUUAAUGAAUAAUAAAAUAGGUAUAUAUGGGGCCUAAGUUAACGAAGACUCCAUUAGCCUUUCUGGAAUUAGUCACGCGACUUUCAUACCUAGUAUUUUUCGUGCUAAAAAUUAUAAAACUAUAGAUUUCCCUACUUUCAUUUAUCUAUUGGUUUUCUAUAUGUGCAAUCGUUAUUUAUUAUAAGACCACCGCUUUAUAGAUGUUUAUAUUAUACCAACGGUUCGAAAAGUCAUAAAAUAAAGUGAUAUGAAAUUUAAUACAAAAAGGAAAAUGAUGACAACGAAUGGUACGUCAUAUGGGACGGAUGGCCAAUUGUGAAUUGUACACUAUACAAAUAUGUCGUUAACUUUACUAUUUAUAAAUAAGGUAGGAUUAUCAGACAAAAAUGGGCGCAGUAAUAUCAGCGAAACCAGUAAUCUGAAUAAGACAGGCAAUCAUCAUUGUUUUGUAAUGCUAAAUAUAAAAAUUUGAACAGUGUAGCACAAUAAUAUUAACAUAAGAUUUUAUUUAAACAUUAAAUUGCACAUUGAUGAUAUUUCUCACAUUAAAUUCUCAUACGAAAUCACAUAAAUGCUUUAGCAAGUCUUUGAUAUGUAUCAUCCGAUCGUCGGACGGGUCUCGUCGUACGGCUAGUACUAAAUUAGGUGUUCUCACAUCAGAAUAAUAAUUCACGUACGUCGUCGGUGUUUAGUUGAUGUUGUCGCUUCAUUACUGUACGGUGUCAAACUAGAUGAGCAAGUAGUGUUCGUGUUUAUGAUAAACUUCGUCAAAGUUUCUAUUUACAACCCGUAAUAUGCAAAACUUACUGUACAACCAAAGAUUAAUCAGUCAAUAUUUUCAUUAAUUCCAUGAAAGAAAUUUCACUAAAGACCUGCAAAAUCCCUUCGCUUUUUUGCUAUUAAUGCUUUGUAAAUCUAUGUAUCACAUGUGGAUGAUUAUUAUUAAUUUUACACAUUAUUUAAAUUCUACCAACCUGAUUUAAAAGCUUUUGGUACUUAAUGUACCUACGUAUUGGUUGUACGGUUCUUUUAUACUAAUACAUAUCGUUCUUCGUCUUGUCUUAUCACUUUAGUUACUUCUGUGAUGGUAUUGUACAAGUGUUCAGGAUAGGUGGCGAUCCAGAUUUUAAACAGAUCUAUCAUCAUUAUCAUCUCAAUUAUCAAUGGUUUAGUUUAUGGUAAAUUUCGACAAAGAGACCAGUGUGUGUUUAAAGUAAAACAUCACUUAAGUAGAUACUUUACAUUGCCGUAUAUUUGACAGACUACCUAAUUUUAUUUUCACCAGAUUAGGUAUCAUUGACAGCUUUUUCACACUUUUCUCUUUGCCGACACCUUAAAAGAACUACAAAAAUUUUGGCCUUGCUCUUAUGGUGUAAAAAUAUAACAUUAUAAAAGGCUAGUGACAUUUUGAUAACUAAAUAACAACUAGACUUGAAAUUUUAAAUUGAUAAGGUGUAAAACAUAAAAAUAUGGAUAGACACUUUUUUCACGUACUGUGUAUACGUCAUUCUCACUGGCUUUGUAAAUUAUGUUGUAAAAACAUAAAAGAGAUUGAAGUGACAUUUACAAUAAAAACUAUAGUCGUGAUGACUACUCACAUUUUCAAAUAUAUAAAAUAAAUACUUUUUCAUUUGGAAAUAAUAACGCGUAAUGAUUGUUAAAAUACAUAUGUUAGAUAGUUUAUACUUGAUUUUGGCAUCUUUAUUCAAUGUCUUCCAUAUUUAUUUAAUACUAAAUACAGCUUUAUCCAUAACUCAAACCGUGUUGUGAUUUUUGUUAACUCUUAAUUUAAAUGAUCUUCCAUCUAUUGCAAUAAUUAAUAAUAUUCUGCACUAAAUUAAAAUUAGUAUGUAACUUAAGUAAUGUCUGCAAUCCCAUGUGUUAUUGAUAUGAUAUACAACUGUAUAUUGAUUUCAUUAUUAUAUUCAGUGAUACCAUUAUUUUAAACAUUAACAAAUUAUAUAGCAUUAUUAUGUAUUAUACUACAUAAGUAUUUAGCAUUAUUAUUUUUAUUCUUCAUGCAAAAUGAAAAAUAUUAUAAAUUAAUUAUUAUGACUGCUUUUCUUUUAGCUCGAAGAAUUUUUUUAAAAAAAGUAUACAGUGUAACAAUACCCAACAUAGUACGUGGGUAUUAUUAUAUUAGUAUUAUGUUAUUUAUGAUAGCCUAAAAGAAACAAUAUUAUCUCAAAAUUUAUUUCUAUAAAUUAUUAUACAUUAUUUACAAUAUCCACUAAUGUACAAAACUCGAACUUAAUUAGCCGUAUUUUAUUAAUAUUAUUGAAAGUUCUCCACUCGAUAUAAAAGUAUAAAUCUUGGAUAUACUAAACCAAAUGAAUUUCAAGACAUUUGUACAUAACACCUCAUUUAAAUGUAAAUGUUAUAUAUUCUUCGAUAUACCUUCGUAACCCUAAUUCGUAAAAACAGUUACGAUGUGAUAUACUCGUAUAUCGACAAAUUCAUACAAAAAUGUGCAAGGCGCGAGGCAGUCUACUUAAACAUUGUUUUUAGACAAACAUCUAUUUUUAAUAAUUAUUACCUUUUUUAUAUCUUUUAUAUAGUAUUCUCUUUUUGCUCUUUUUUAUUAAAUUCCUUUAGUGUCGAUUAUAUUUAAAUUUUAUAUAUAUUUAUUAUAAAAAUUACAGCGUCUUUGCUUAGCCUCUAUACAAACAGCAAUUUAAAUGAUUUCUUAAUAUUAUUACGCUACCCGAAAUAUAAUAAAGAACGAAACACCAGACAUGCUUUAUCAUUUUUAUAACAGUUAUGUGUAUGUUAUGUUUUGAUUAGAGGGCCAAAUUGUAAUGAAAAUGUUUAUCUAUUUCUCCAAAGAAUCGUUUCAUCUUGUGUUCUCCUAACGUUAGAUGCAAGUGUGGAAACUAAAACAAUGACAUAACAAACUCGCGUACGAGCGCCUCUGUGAUACACGUUAGCUAUAGAAUAGGAGUCGUCGCGUCGUUUGACAGCAUUAUUGUAUUCGCAAUCUGAUAUUAUUCUAUUAUGGGUUGCCCUCUGCGUCUCGUCAUGCAUAACAUUACAAUUAUCGAAUAUAUAUUGUAUUUAUUCACUUUAUUAACAUGUUUAUUAUGUCUUUAAUAAAACGAUUGCUUA